UCGGCACAGUGGUCCAGCGAGCGGCUCGCUUCAGGGCAGAGUUUCCAGCUGUGGACAUUGAUGAAGGAAAUGAUUGGUUUGAUAUAAAUCCCUGAUUGAAUCCUCGCGGACACUCAGACUUCUCCGUGCGCACUUCUCCAAGUGACCGCGUCUGUGAGGAGCCGAGGACAUCAUGAGGACCAGAGGUUCGGUCUCUGCGCUUCACCUGAGUCUGAUGCUGCAGCUGCUGCUCUGCUGGGAACCGACCGAGGCCAUUCACCCAGACUGCGCCCUGGUGGCUCAGCACAUGAGAGCUGAGGAGCAAUGCAACCAGAUCCUCAGGCAGGAGGAGAAGAACCGCUCCAGCAGAACAGGUUGUCCCACAGUGUGGGACGACAUCCGGUGCUGGUCCCGAGCGGCGGUGGGACAGGUGGUGAGCGUCUCCUGUGCCAACGUGUCCCAGCUGUUCGCCAACAACCAAGGUCACAUCUACAGGAACUGCACUGAGGACGGCUGGUCCGAGGCCUUUCCUCCCUACGAGGACGCCUGUGAGUUUGCAGAAGACGAGGAGACGGAGCCGGAGACGACCUACUUCUCCAACUUCAAGCAGGUUUACACGGCCGGAUACGCCACCUCCCUCAUCUCGCUCAUAUCCGCCAUCUUCGUCUUCACCGUGUUCAGGAAGUUCCACUGCACCAGAAACUACAUCCACAUCAACCUGUUCUUCUCCUUCAUCCUGAGAGCCAGCGCCGUCUUCAUUAAGGACGGCGUCCUGUUCUCUGAUGAGAACCUGGACCACUGCUUCAUGUCCACUACGUCCUGUAAAUCGGCCGUGGCCUUCUUCCAGUUCAGCAUCCUGGCAAACUACUUCUGGCUGCUGGUGGAGGGCAUGUACCUGCAGACGCUGCUCGCCCUCACCUUCGUCUUCCAGAAGAAAUACUUCUGGUGGUACAUCCUCAUCGGCUGGGGUCUCCCCACCACCAUCAUAUCGGCCUGGAUCCUAACUCGCAACUUCUACGACAACAAGGGGUGCUGGGACGACACAGAUGUGGAUUUUGUCUGGUGGAUCAUAAAGGCUCCGAUAACUGCUUCACUGCUGGUGAACUUCAUCAUCUUCAUCAACGUGAUCCGGAUCCUGGUGCAGAAGCUGAGGUCUCCGGGCGUCGGGGGAAAUGACACAAGUCACUUCAAGAGACUGGCCAAAUCCACUCUUCUUCUCAUCCCCCUGUUCGGGAUGCACUACAUGCUGUUCGCCUUCCUCCCAGAAGCCACCGGGGCCGAGGCCCGCCUCUUCAUCGAGCUCGGGGUCGGAUCCUUUCAGGGGUUCGGUGUGGCUCUACUCUACUGCUUCCUGAACGGAGAGGUGCAGGCGGAGCUGAAGAAGAGGUUCUGGAAGUGGCAGACUCAGAACUACCUGCGCUACAGUAAACGAAGGCGCACGUUGUUCACUGAGAGCAGCACCGUCACUCAGAUCUCGGUUCUGGACAAGUCCAGUCCCAGAGACCAGCCGGGCCCAGAGACACAGGCGCUCACACACUGUGUCACCGCGACGCACAACAACGUGUCCACGGUCUGA